AUGGCAAAACGUGGACUCCCUCAUGUUCAUAUUCUAUUAUGGUUAGAAGAGAAAAUGAGACCAGAGUCUAUUGACCAAAUUAUCUGCGCUGAGUUACCUGAUCCAGACAUAAAUCCAGAUCUUUAUCAAAUUAUCAAGACAACCAUGGUUCACGGUCCAUGUGGAUCUUUCAACUUAAAAUCACCCUGUAUGGUUGAUGGUAAGUGCACAAAAAAUUUCCCAAAGGAAUUUUUAAAAGAAACUCAAACAGGAGAUGACGGAUAUCCCAAGUAUCGUAGACGAUCACCAGCAGACGGAGGAAAAACUUUCAAACUUAACGGAGUUGAAAUCGACAACCGAUGGAUAGUGCCGUACAAUCCCGUUCUAUCCCAUACCUUCGGGACUCAUAUUAAUGUUGAGAGUUGUAACUCCGUAAAAGCCAUAAAAUACAUCUGUAAUUAUUUAAAUAAAGGAUCUGACCAAGCAUCGUUUACCGUUCAGGAUUUUGAUGAGGUGACGAAGUACCAGGCGGGACGUUACAUCAGUAGCUCUGAAGCAGUCUGGCGAAUAUUUCGUUUUCCUAUUCAUGACAGGUUUCCUUCGGUGAUGCAUCUUGCUGUACAUCUUGAAAAUGGUCAAAGAAUUUAUUUUACUGAGCAAGAUGUGAUUGACAAAGUAAUUAAUCCAAAAAAAACAACACUAAUGGCUUUUUUUGAGCUUUGCCAAGUUGAUGACUUUGCAAAAACUCUUUUGUAUGUUGAAGUUCCAGCUUAUUACGUAUGGAAAAAUAACCGCUUUGAUAGAAGAAAAAAAGGUAAGGUUGUUUCAGGUUAUUUAGGAGUCAAGAAAGAUCAAGUUUUAGGUAGAGUUUAUACCGUGCAUCCCGGAAAUACUGAAUGUUAUCACCUGCGUCUUCUCCUACAUGAGAUUCGAGGUCCUACAUCAUUUUCUGCUUUGAAAACUGUUGAUGGAGUGAUUCAUCCAACAUUUCAAGCAGCAUGUAGAGCACUUGGUCUUCUAGAAGAUGACGCUAAUUGGUAUCGCACUCUGGAUGAAGCUUGCAUCUCUGAUUCGCCCUACACGAUCCGUGAGCUGUUUGCCAUUAUGUUAGUUUUUGUCAUGUUGACGACCCAUCGAAAUUAUGGGAGAAAUAUCGAGAUUAUUUUUCAGAAGAUAUUAAGAGAUGUAGAACGAGACGGUGGAAAUGUUGAGCUGUUACUUGACGUUAUUUACAACAAAUGUCUCAUACUACUUGAAGAUAUUGUUAUAUCAAUGUCUGGAAAAACACUUCUUCAGUUCGGCCUCCACUCUCCAACCCAAGAUGAAAGGUUUAUUGUCACUAAUCGUCAAUAUUUGCGUGAAUUGGCUUACGACACCGUCUAUUUAACUAAAGUUGUAGCUGAAAAUGUUCCUAAAUUAAAUCUAGAACAGAGAAAAGUUUACAAUGAAAUUUUAAAUUCGAUUAUAUCUGAUUCUGGGCAGUUGUAUUUUCUUGAUGCUCCAGGUGGUACUGGAAAAACGUUUUUAAUCAAUUUACUGCUUGCGAAAAUCAGGAGUGAAAAAAACAUCGCUAUAGCCGUUGCUUCUUCAGGAAUUGCUGCGACUUUGAUAGACGGAGGUAAAACAGUUCACUCUGCCUUUAAAUUACCUCUCAAUUUAGGUUAUUCUGAGUCUCCACUUUGUAACAUCUCUAAACAGAGUGAUAUGGCUCAUGUGCUGCGAGAAACAAAAAUUAUUAUCUGGGACGAAUGCACUAUGGCUCACAAAAAUGGUAUUGAAGCUCUAAACAGAUUGCUCAAAGAUAUUAGAGGUUGCGACCGAAUUAUGGGAGGAGUAAUUGUUCUCUUGGCCGGUGAUUUUAGACAAACUUUGCCUGUUGUGCCACGAGGAACACGUGCAGAUGAAGUUAAAGCCUCUAUUAAGUCAUCAAUUUUAUGGCCUUCGGUCAAAGUUUUAUCUUUGACUAUCAAUAUGCGUGUUCAUCUUCAGCCAAAUUCGAAAGCAGAAGAGUUUUCAAAAAUACUGAUUGAUAUAGGUGAUGGCCAAAUUCCGGAAGAAGACGGAAGAAUAAACGUGUCCUAUAUUAAUUGUGAAACUGUCCCAGAUUUAAUCACCUUGACUGACAAAAUAUACCCGAAUAUUGACAAAGCUGGCGAUAAUUGUAGUUCAUGGUUAAAGGAGAGAGCCAUCCUCACACCAACCAAUGAACAAGUCAAUUGUAUUAACAACUUUUUGCUGGAGAAACUGCCAACUGAGCAAGUAAGAUAUGAAUCGGUGGACAAAGUACUGGAGGAUGAAGAAGCUGUCCACUAUCCUGUUGAAUUCUUACACACACUCAAUCCACCAGGGAUACCACCUCAUGUUCUUCAACUCAAGAUUGGCACUCCAAUAAUGUUGCUCCGCAAUUUAAAUCCGCCAAAAUUAUGUAAUGGUACCAGGCUUCAAGUCAAGGUCUUACACAAAAAUGUCAUUGAAGCCAUGAUUUUCACCAGAAAAUAUGAAGGAGAAACUGUAUUCAUUCCAAGGAUCCCUCUGAUUCCAUCAGAUUACCACUUCGAAUUUAAACGUCUGCAAUUUCCUGUCAAAGUUUGUUAUGCCAUGACGAUUAACAAGGCACAAGGGCAGAGUUUAAAGAUGACUGGUAUUGAUUUAAGAAAUGACUGUUUCUCUCAUGGCCAACUAUACGUGGCAUGCUCAAGAGUAAGUUCACCUGACAGCUUGGUCAUUCUUCAAACAAUAGGAAAAACGAAGAAUGUUGUAUAUAAAGAAGUUUUAAGUAUUUAA